GAGGAUGCGGCUUAAAUACGCGGCGAAGGAGCGGCGAGCAUGGCGUCCUCUUACUAUCAGGAGAUGCAGGACGUCUUCAGGAAUAACAAUAAAAGCAGGGAGUUCCCGGCUCACAGCGCUAAAGUGCAUUCGGUGGCCUGGAGCUGCGAUGGAAAGCGACUGGCGUCCGGGUCCUUUGACAAAACCGCGAGCGUGUUCGUCCUGGAAAAAGACCGACUGGUGAAGGAAAACAACUACAGGGGGCAUGGAGACAGCGUGGAUCAGCUGUGCUGGCAUCCCACCAACCCCGACCUGUUCGUCACCGCAUCCGGAGACAAGACCAUCCGCAUCUGGGACGUCCGGACCACCAAAUGCAUGGCCACGGUCAGCACCAAAGGGGAGAACAUCAACAUAUGUUGGAGUCCCGACGGUCAGACCAUCGCCGUCGGCAACAAGGACGACGUCGUGACGUUCAUCGACGCCAAAACGCACCGCCCUCGAGCCGAGGAGCAGUUCAAGUUCGAGGUCAACGAGAUCUCGUGGAACAACGACAACGACAUGUUCUUCCUGACUAACGGGAACGGGUGUAUUAAUAUACUGAGUUAUCCCGAUCUCAAGCUCAUCCAGUCGAUCAAUGCCCAUCCGUCGAACUGCAUCUGCAUUAAAUUCGAUCCCACGGGCAAGUACUUCGCCACAGGAAGUGCAGACGCUCUGGUCAGUCUGUGGGACGUGGAGGAGCUGGUGUGUGUGCGCUGCUUCUCCAGACUAGACUGGCCGGUGCGGACGCUUAGUUUCAGCCACGAUGGUAAAAUGCUGGCGUCGGCUUCGGAGGAUCACUUCAUCGACAUCGCUGAAGUGGAAACGGGUGAGAAGCUCUGGGAGAUCCAGUGCGAGUCUCCCACCUUUACUGUGGCGUGGCACCCAAAGAGGCCGCUGCUGGCGUACGCCUGCGACGAUAAAGAGGGCAAAUACGACAGCAACCGAGAGGCGGGCACCGUCAAGCUCUUCGGCCUUCCCAAUGACUCCUGAGGACCCGGGUCUGCGUGCGUUCGGGCUAAUUCUGCAUCAUUCGAGGUGGACGAAGACGUGGUCUCAUCCGUGUAGAUUACUUAAAUCAUUUGACCUUGAAAGCAUUGUGUUGUUUGCCAUAAUUGCCGUUUUGUAAAUUGUUUCAUCUUAAUCUUUUUUGUUCAAAUGCAUGUCUUGUAUCUGCAGUUUCAGAAGUGACCAGCAGAGGGCAUCACAAACUCACAAAAUGUGUAUAAGGCCAUUUUUGUAUGCCUUUUUUUUUUAAUUAUAGAAAUAAACUUGUGCUGUAUUUUUAAAAUAAAAAAGGGUUUAAUAAAGUAUUAUUGACCUAUAA